CCCAUUGACGUUUCUUUUGACGAGUUGUCAAAUAGUUUCCCUGCUUGUUUGUUGUUUAAUUAAACUCUUCAUGUAUUUACUUGGGAAAAAACUCUCAACACCCACUAAUUGGUGAUUUGAAAAUGGAGAAGAGUGCAGUGGUGAUAGCACUAAGCAACUUCGAAAAAAUAUGUCGAAUCUGUUUACUGGAAGGCGAAGAUUUGCAGUCAGUUUACAAUGUCCUGAUUCACAGUGAAGAAAAGACUGAAGAAAUCAAUUUGCUGGAAAUAUUUAAAAGACACUGUGAUGUAGAAGUCAGUCCGACUGAUGAAAAGCCCCAGCAAGUAUGCAAACCUUGUAUAGGCCUGCUUAGUGAGGCGUACAGAUUCUUUUGCAAAUGCGUCCAAACAAACUCUCUCUUAGACACCGUUUUGGCUGAGCACAAACCUCUGGCCUUAAGUGCCAAACCAGAGCCUAAAGUAAAACCACACUUAAGUGAGACUGGCCAGAGUGAAGAACAACGGCCUUACUUCAGCGAGUCUGAAGAUGAAGCCUUUGGCGCCGAAUGUGAGGAUGACUCCGACUGGGAGCCUCUGAAGGAGAAAAAGUUCAAGAUAGAAGCAACAGCAACAGCUGAAGACGAGCGUCAGGAAACUGAAGAUGAAGUCGAAAUCAAAGAUGAACCUGUUAUUAGCAGAAGAAAGCGAAGAUUCACUGACCGUAUACAACCACCAAUCAAAAAGAGAGGAAGACCAAAGAAAAAUCGGAGCAGUGAACCCAAAGUGGAAAACGAUGAUUGCGAUGCGAUAGAAAACGAGAACAAAGAGCUAAUUUGUCGGUUUUGCAGUAAAGUUUUGCCUGAUGUUAAUACAUCAAUUGAUCAUUACGAUGAGGUGCACGCCCCAGAACUAGAAGUGGAUGAGUGCAUUCUAUGCACUCGCCCAAAACCGUACAAAAAACGCGAUAAUCUCGUUUACCACAUGGCGCUUCACUCGAAAGACAGCAUAAAGUGUAUACCGUGUCGGAAAUAUUUCAGGACAAAAGACUUGUUAACCGAGCAUUUAAACGAGUGCUUCAAAGUGGAUGUUAAAACAUCGGUGAAAAUCGAGCGAGAAGGAGAACCAGAUGGGAGCCUGAAGCCCGAACCUCACAACAAUCGGCUGUCCCAAAAAGUGUUGAAACUCACCCAAUACGAUGGCGCUUUCACAUGCCAGCUUUGCAACGAAAAUCUGGGAGAAAUUGGCGCAGUGAUAGCGCAUUAUGAGACCUGCCACUUGGACGAUCUCUCCUGCCUGAUAUGCUUGAGACAAUUCACUCAACAAGUUCCUUUGUUUCAUUUGGGGUUACAUUCGAGAAAAUCGCACAUUUGCCGGCCCUGUCGGCUCUUUUUUCACACGAAGGAAGAAUUCGAAGAGCACAACAUCAAAUACGACCACGACAAGUCGUUAUCUUGUAAAAUAUGCGGCAAGAAAUUCUCUAGAAAUUACAAAAAAAACAAACACAUGCUGAGCCAUCUGAAGGAGAAGAACUACUCGUGCAACAAGUGCGGGAAGACCUUCACCUACAAGACCAGCUUGGUGCGCCAUUUCAAGAUGCAUUUUGGAAAGCGGUUUUUAUGCUCCUCCUGUGGAAAUGUUUAUACGACAAAAUUUAUGCUGCAGCGGCAUAUUCGAAUAAUGCAUACUCAUGUGGAUGAAGAUGGAAACCCGCUACCCAAGCCUCCUCCCAAACCGGUGAACCUUCAGUGCGAAUUUUGCGGCGAAAUUUUCACCACUAAAUAUGGAUACGGCAGACACAUCCGAAGACAUCCAGAAUUUAAAGAGUUUAAAUGUAAGAUAUGUUCAUUUAUGUGCGACACCAGGGAUCAACUGGAUGUUCAUAUGGAGCAGAAGCACAACAAGCACACGUGCGACGUAUGCGGAAAGAGGUUUCCAUUUGAAAGUGAAUUGAAAACGCACCAUCGGAAGCACGAGGACAUGGAAACGGCCAGAUUUAGGUGCGACAUGUGCGGAAAAACAGCCAGAACUCAAACGCAACUGAAAGUCCAUUACAGAAUACAUACAGGAGAGCGACCGUUUUCUUGCGACACAUGCGGCAAAUCGUUUAAGCAAACGGCACAUCUCAAAGUGCAUAUGUUCCAGCACACUGGAAAGAUGCCAUUUAAGUGCAAAUUGUGUGAUAAAUCGUUUCCGUUUCAGCAUGUUAUGGAGAUUCACAUGCGCACCCAUACUGGUGAGAAACCCUUUCAAUGUAUGUUCUGCGGAAACGCCUAUCAUGAUCGAACAACAAUGCAAAAACACCAAAAAAAGAAACAUCCCGAAAUGCCUCUGCAAAAAGCCAGUAGAAGCGAAUAUAAAAUCGGCAAUUUGCCCUAAUACUAUUGUAACAGCAAAUUGUGCAUAAAUUAAUAUGUGAUAAGCCUUCGAAAGUGCUAUACAAAAUAGGUAGAUCCGUGUGUUCAAGUGUUGGUUUUCGAAUCUCAUUGCGUGUGUUUGUCUUCAAUUGUAUGAAGUAGUAUUUAUUUUGUAGCGGCCACUUUUUACAAGUGCAUCUCUAUUUUUCUUUUUACUAGGUAAUUUUAUAUUGACUUUCACCGCUGCAUUGUAGAGGAACUUCAGUUGCUUUAGCAGACCUUUACUUGAUGAUAGGAAUAUUAAAGAUUUUUAUACGAAA